UUUCUGUUUGUGUGUGGUACACGACCGAGAUGCUAGAGGUCUGCGUCAGCUUCACCUGUCAGUCUUUUCGGAGUGUUUUGCCCAAAAUGACCUAAAAGUCAAGAGAACCGUAACUCGUGAAUUUGAUUUAUUAAUUUCGUAUCAGGAGGCUGUGGCGGCGGCGGCUGUAUCACUAUUACAAUAUAUAUCACACACAUAUAUAUAAUAUAUUGUGCGCGGACUACGGCCUGUGCAGUCGGGGCGGGGCCCAGCACACGCCGCUAUGGACCAGCUGCAGGCCGCCAACCAGUUCGACGAUUUGCCGCACAAAUGGGUGGACGUGGUGGCCGACUACUUGCGGGGCUUCCGGAACGACACGACCGACUUCACCCGCCCGCAGCUCCGGUCGUACGUCCGGCACACGUAUCCGGCGUUCGUGUGCGGAUAUAGCGCGCUCAUCAUGGCCGGCGCCCUGUGCAACGCGUACGUGCUGGCCAUCGUGGCCCGGAAGCGGUUGUACGCCACCGACCCGGUUUACGUGUACGUGGCCAACCUGGCCGUCACCGGCAUCGUCGAGUGCGUUUCCGUGCUGCCCAUAUUGAUGGUGUUGCUGGUGCAAAACUGGAUAUUCGGCCGGUUCCUGUGCUUUUUACUGCCGAUGCUCCAGGAUGUUCCUACUCAUGUAAUAAUGUUGACCUUUCUUCUAAUGGCUAUUGAUCGUUACAAACAUCUCAAACAUCCGAAUAAAAUGAGACUGCCGCCUUUAGCCUGUACUUUUGGAUGUUGGAUAGUGGCAUUUUGCAUUGUAUUGCCAUAUCCCGUUUACACUGAUUAUUUAGAUUUGGGUGCAUACAUAAAAGUACAAUUUGAAGGAGUUGGAAUUUGUGCAGUAAACAUGGCCGAUGAUAUGCAAGACUAUCUUCGAAGUUUAUUCGUCUUAACAUAUUUGGUUCCGUUAGUGUCUAUGGGCUACCUUUACUCAAAAAUGUCAGAAAUUCUGCGCGACUUGAUGAAUCUUCCCGCUGUAUUUUAUUCUCAAGAUUUAACACCAAGAAGCUGUGAAAUGCCAUCACGUUUGAACGAAGUACAAUCUACGGUCAGCGACUCCGAUGACGAGGAAAUCGAUGGAUACAAGGAGUCAAAGACGCAAAAAUAUUUAAUAUCAAUGAUCAUUUCGUAUGCUGUGUGUAUAGGUCCACUAAUGAUUUUGAGAUUGGGAAAACUUGAAGUAUCUGAAACGUACGAGAACAGUAGACACUUCGAUUUAACGUUCAUGAUAUGCGUAUGGCUGGCGUUUGUGCCAACAGUUACUACCCCGUUGCUGUUUGUAGCAUGGAAUUCGGACAGUAGCACCAAGGAUCGGAUCAGGAGUUAUUUCAAGAGGACAAAGGUCACGGCGGAACAAGCGACCAGGACCGUUUCGACGGAGGGUCUCGCAGCCCGCAAUUCGAUUUAUACUGUGCAGGAGAGCAUUCCGGCUUAAACGCUUCGACGAACGGAGUUGGUUUACAUUGAUUUAUUAUGGAAAUAUAACAGAACAAACAAUAAUAAUAUUAGCGUUAAUGAAAAAAAAAAAAACAAAACAAAACAAAACAAAAAAAAAAGCAUAACAAAAUUCACACAUUAUCGUAUUCAAUACGAAUAGCUAACACCGUUGCCUGAAAAUUGAAAUUUCGACACGUCGGCGGCCGAUGAGUAAUAUACUCCCAACGGGUUUUGCGGCA